AUGCAGCAGCCAUCACACCGUACAGCCAUCACACCGUACAGCCAUCACACCGUACAGCCAUCACACUGUACAGCCAUCACACUGUACAGCCAUCACACCGUACAGCCAUCACACCGCACAGCCAUCACACCGUACAGCCAUCACACCGUACAGCCAUCACACCGUACAGCCAUCACACCGUACAGCCAUCACACCGUACAGCCAUCACACCGUACAGCCAUCACACCGUACAGCCAUCACACCGUACAGCCAUCACACUGUACAGCCAUCACACUGUACAGCCAUCACACCGUACAGCCAUCACACCGUACAGCCAUCACACCGCACAGCCAUCACACCGCACAGCCAUCACACCGUACAGCCAUCACACUGUAUAGCCAUCACACCGUACAGCCAUCACACCGUACAGCCAUCACACCGUACAGCCAUCACACUGUACAGCCAUCACACCGUACAGCCAUCACACUGCACAGCCAUCACACCGCACAGCCAUCACACCGUACAGCCAUCACACUGUACAGCCAUCACACCGUACAGCCAUCACACUGCACAGCCAUCACACCGCACAGCCAUCACACUGUACAGCCAUCACACCGUACAGCCAUCACACCGUACAGCCAUCACACCGGACAGCCAUCACACCAUCACACCGUACGGCCAUCACACCGUACAGCCAUCACACCGUACAGCCAUCACACCGUACAGCCAUCACACCGUACAGCCAUCACACCGUACAGCCAUCACACCGUACAGCCAUCACACCGUACAGCCAUCACACCGUACAGCCAUCACACCGGACAGCCAUCACACUGUACAGCCAUCACACCGUACUGCAGUUCAGCCUACCUGCAAUCAACAUGA